GUGGAGGUAGCAGCAAUGGAAGGCCAUACAGCACCCUAUCACAAAACGGAACCCACCAACAGUGUAAGGAGACCUGAAAGUGGCACAUGGCAGAGUCUGGCGAUGAAGUCAGCAGCAAUGGGAGGCCGCACAGGGACCCAUGACACACUCUGGACCUGGCAGCAGCAAGAGGAGAAGGCAGUAUUCGGAAGCAUACACAGGACUAGUUUAAAAAGCGGAAGCCGUCAGCAGCGUGAGCAGACGACAGAGGCACAUGGCGCAGGGUGGCGGUGGAGGCAGCAGUAUUCGGAAGCCAUACACAGGCCUAGGUUAAAAAGCGGAAGCCGUCAGCAGCGU